UUUCCGGCGGCGUCGCGUCACUUCCGCCGGCGCGGGCAGGACGAGAUGGCGGCACUGGGCGGGCCGGUGCGGCUGGAGCGAGACAUCUGCAGAGCAAUUGAAUUGCUGGAAAAACUACAGAGAAGUGGAGAAGUGCCACCACAAAAGCUACAGGCAUUGCAAAGGGUCCUUCAAAGUGAGUUCUGUAAUGCUGUAAGAGAGGUGUAUGAACAUGUAUAUGAAACUGUGGAUAUCAGCAGUAGCCCAGAAGUUAGAGCUAAUGCAACAGCAAAGGCCACGGUAGCUGCAUUUGCUGCUAGUGAAGGUCAUUCUCAUCCCAGAGUGGUUGAACUACCCAAAACUGAAGAAGGUCUUGGCUUCAACAUUAUGGGAGGCAAAGAACAAAACUCUCCAAUUUAUAUCUCUCGAAUUAUCCCUGGAGGUAUAGCCGAUAGACAUGGAGGCCUGAAACGUGGAGACCAGCUGCUUUCUGUAAACGGAGUGAGUGUUGAAGGUGAACACCAUGAAAAAGCAGUAGAACUGCUGAAGGCAGCUCAAGGAAAGGUUAAACUAGUUGUGCGAUACACACCAAAAGUCCUGGAAGAAAUGGAGUCAAGAUUUGAAAAAAUGAGAUCGGCAAAACGAAGGCAGCAAAAUUAACACUGUAUGCAGUAACUUAAAGUGAAAAUAUAUAUUUCUUUUACAUUUUAUAGUUUCUUUGUGACUCAGUUGAUCCAAUGCCUUUUAUAAGACCCUGUCCUUUUCAUAGAAUCAUGGAACUAUUGAGGUUGGAGGGACUAGAUCUAGUCCAUUCCCCAUUACCCAGCUCAGAGGAGGACCAGCUAGACCAGGUUUCUCAGGAGUGUGACAAGCUGGCUUACUAGUCAUCUCUAAGGAUGGAGACACCAGAAGAUCUCUGGACAGUCUGUUUUAGUGUUUUGCUCUCCCUUACACUAUGAAGAGCCACUUCUAAUUUUAAGUAGAACUUCUAGUAUUUCUACUUGUGCCCACUUCCUCUUGUCCAGUCUCUAGAUUUACUGGGAAGAGUUAGUCUCUUCAUUACUCCUCCCUUUCAGGCAUUUACACAGGUUGGUAAGAUCACCUGAGCCUUCUCUUCUCCAGGUGAGAGAGACAAUCCCAGUUCUUCCAACUUCUCCUUGUCUGUAAGAUAAUCACCUUUGUGGCCCUUUACUGGAUUCACUCUUGUAUGCCCAUUUCUGUAUUAGACUGGGGCCAAAACUGGACCCAGCACUUGAGUUGUGUCUCUUGAGGACUGAGCAGAGUGGAAGAAUCCCCUCCCUCAACUUGCUGGCAGUGCUCUUUUCAGUGUAGACCAGGAGGCUGUUGGGCUUGUUUGCUGCAAGGGCACGUGGUGGCUCGUGGCUUGCUACUGUUCUCUGCAAGGCUGCUUUGCAGCUGGUCAGUCCCCCAGUCUGUACUGGAGGAUGAGGUUAUUCCCCCUCAAUGUAAGACUUUGCACUUUUCUUUGCUGAACUUUAUGAGACUCUUGUUUGCCCAUUUCUCCAGCCUGCUGAGGUCCCUUUGAAUGGUUUGCUGAGAGUGUGAUCUGCCCCAUCCUCUGGGUUGUUAGUAAAAACAUGCAAGAGUGUGGACCCCAGUGCAACCCCUGGGGUGCAUUGGCAGUGACUGGCAUCUGGCAGGACAUUUUGCCCCUGAUCACAGUCCUCAGCAGUUCAGCCAGUUUCAGAAUGUCUUCAGUCUCCAUGUGCUUCACAGUUUAGGAGAAAUGUGUAGGUUUAGAAUGGCCUAAAAUGCCCUGGAAAAGCAUGUAUGGUGAUGUUUCUAUUGAUUUUUUUAAUGUCUUGUGUCAGACUUUUAAGCAAGAAAGUGAAUUUACAGAUUAUUCCAAGGCAUUUAAUAGACAUAGUUGUACAAUCAGCAUCCUUUUUUCCCUGUUUUCUUUUGACAUUACUUAGCACAGAAUCUGCCAGGAGUUUUGUUAACUGAUUUUUGAAAAAAAAAAAUUCUUAUACAGCAGUAUUUUGGCACUUUUCUUAAAAAUAUGUUGUAUGUCAACUACAAAACGUAAUCACAAUUUACUGUGUAGCUGAUUUUGUAAUGUUUUUGGUAAAUACAUUGUUUUUACACUUCUGCUAAAUUAUAAUUCACUACUCUGGAAAUUUUAUUACCUCUCCUGUAAAUAAUUUGCAGUUGGUGUUUUUAUGUAAGGAUGUUGUAACAGCCAACAUUUACAAACUUGCAACAAUAAUUCCUGUAAUUUACAUUAUUUUGUACUAAUUUUAAAGCAGUUAUGGGGAAAAACAUGAUUGCUGUAUGUAGUUCUGGAUUGACUCUAGAUGUAUUUUUAUAUUGAGAAACAGAAGAUAUGUAAAUGCAGUGCAGAAGAAACCCAGAUGUUUCCCUGACUUUCUACUGUGUAAAAGAAUUAUUCAUCUUAAUUGUCAUACGAUUCUUGUCUUUCUAGUAUCUUCUAUUGUAGUCUUACUUGCAUAUUGAAUGUAUUGGUUCUGGAAUUGUAAGUACCUAAAUUACUGAUUGUUAUUGUUAUAAGACCAAAAUAUUCUGAGUCUUACAUGCCAGGUUACUGUGACAUGUGAACUUGUCUGGGGCUUUAUUGCUGACUGCUUUUGGCUUGGAGGGUUCUUGUUUGUAUUACAGAAGUACUACAUCGUGAUAGGUAAAUAAGGAAUCUCCAUCUGUAAACAAUUACUGUCUUAUCUCAUGUAUUCUUGAUGGCAUGGAUUUUGUGUACCAUUUUGAAAAUUUUUUGACAGAGAUCCACUUUUUGGAAUCUAGCAGGUUUGAUGCUGUACUUAUAUAGUAUAGGGUUUGGGCUUCACCUUUUGAAGAAUUAGCUUCAUUGCCUACUGGGUAUCAGUUCACUUGUGUGGCAGCUAUGAGUACAUCCUAACUGACUGUUAGUAAUUUGAUUUUGAGAGGCUUAAACUGAAAAGUACAGUUCUUGCUACAUGGCUAAUCCCUAGUUGUAUUUCAUGUGAACCAAUAUAUGAAAGAAAGGAAAAGGCUAGUGAAUGACAACUUGAAGCUUGUGCUUUGUCAGUUGAUCUGUUUGGGGAAAAAAAAGUGAUUGCUAUGGGCAAGUGAGAAAAAAUGUGAUUGCUUUCUGCAUGUUUGUAAGCAUGGUAAGCCUGCAAAGAGAAGUUUGGGAGAUACUGGUAAUUUGAAAAUGCAGUAUAAAUAUUUAUCAGUUAGAUGAUAUUGAGCACUGAAUUGCAUGGUUGGUUUUAUGUCAUAGGUCUUUUUCAAAAGGCCUCAUGUUACUGAUUCAACCAUGCUGUUGAAUUGUAUAUUUUUAUGGAACAACUAACAUUUAAAGUAUUGAGACCAAAAUCACUAGUUAGACCAAUUGUGAGUGUGUUUUGUUUCAAUUGUUAAUUAGUAGAGAUGUUAUAGAGCUAUAUAUAAAUAUAUAUAUAUAUUACAGAAAGGUAUGGAUAGAAGAUAGGAAUGUUCAUUUUACAAAUUAAAUCCUUUGUAAUACUGAACAAAAAGUAUGUUUUGUUACUCUAAUGAAAUAUUUACUGCAGUUAGAGCUAUUAAAUGCAGUACCGUUUUCAUUCUGAAUUGUAGCAUUUGGUUAUGGUUUGUCAAUUACUACUAAAUGUGGAGAGGUGUAUCUGGGCAUAUAAAUAGUACAUUAGAAUUUGAUAAAAUGUUUUUAAAUUGCAGUAACAAAAAAAUCAGUAACAGUCAGCUAAUUAAUAAUCAUCUUUGAUACUAUGAGAACCCUUUAAUAAUAAAGAAAGGGUCAAUUAAAAUACUCCAAGAUCUCUGUUACUACUGAGCAGUGCCUAUACUGUGUUAAUAUGCAGUCCCUACACACUACUCAUACUUGGGUAUACAAAGAAAUUCAGAAGAGAUAUCAUUUCUGCAAGUAACUUCUGCUUCUGAUGCUGCUGUGAAGGAUCUUUUGAGUUUUAUCAACAGAAAAAUAAAAACUCAGUUUUACCCA